AUGGAGGAGCAGGGUUCCCCGACAGUCCGGCGCGGGGGUCCCGAAUGCCUCUCAGCUGUCAGCGCAGAGACUAUCGAGAGUUUAACAGAGCUUGAGGAUCUAGAACGGAUUUAUGCGCAGCUGUGUGCCGAGGAGACAGAUGUUCAGAAUGAGUUGGAGACACUCGUUGCACAACAAAGCACCAUUGAAACCAAGAUGUUGGCUCUUCAAAGGAUGGGGCCCAACUUGCAGCUUAUUGAAGGAGAUGCCACGCAGUUAUCUGGCAUGAUCAGUUUCACCUGCAGCCUGGCAGAGAAUGUGAGCAGCAAAGUCAGACAGCUUGACCUCACCAAGAAAAGGCUGUACCAGGCCAUACAGCGUGCAGAUGAUAUCCUUGACCUGAAGUUCUGCACAGAUGGUGUCCAGACUGCCUUGCGUAAUCAGGACUACGAACAAGCUGCUGCCCAUAUCCAUCGCUACCUUUCUCUAGAUCAGUCAGUCAUUGAGCUCAGCAGGCAAGGAGGAGAGAGCAGUGCGGUGGAAGCCAGUCUUGCAUUACUACAGGAGGCGGAGCUCUCUCUGAAGGCUUUGGUUACCAAGCGACUUGAAGAGGCAGUUGCCUCUAGCGAUCUCCCUCAAGUUGAACGUUUCUUUAAGAUCCUUCCUUUACUGGGACUCCAUGAGAAAGGACUUGCACUCUUUGCCCAGUAUCUCUGUAGCCAGUUGGCGAGUAAGGCAGAGGAGAACUUGAUCUUAGCUGUGGGUUCUGAUGUGGGGGAGCGCAGAGCACCUGUGAUCUUUGCAGACACACUCACACUACUACUGGAGGGUAUAGCCCGGAUUGUGGAAACUCACCAACCCAUAGUAGAAACUUACUAUGGUCCAGGCCGGCUGUGCACACUUCUCACACACCUUCAGAAAGAGUGUGACACACAGGCACAAAAAAUUGUGAAUAAGUUUAUCCAGCAGAGAGACUACCACAGUAAGUUUCAGGUUGUCCAAAGCAGCAUGAUGAGGGGUGUCACUACUGAGAAGAUUGAGCCAAGAGAGCUGGACCCGGUGUUGUCUGAGGUCACUUUAAUGAACUCAAGAGCAGAGCUCUACCUGCGAUUUUUACGUCGACGGAUCACGGCUGACUUUGAGGUUGCAGAUGCAAUGGCAGCUGAAGCUGUGUCUCAAGAGCAUCAGCAGUCUUUGGAGAGGCUGUUGAAAGACUGUCAGUUGAGUCGAACCAUGCAGGAGCUGAUUGGAUACUACAUCCCCAUGGAAGAGUACUACAUGAGAGAGACUGUCAAUAAGGCAGUUGCGAUGGACGCUGCAGAGACAGGCCAGCUGACCUCCAGCAUGGUGGACGAUGUUUUCUACAUUGUGAAGAAGUGUAUCAGCAGAGCACUGACCAGUGGCAGCUCAGACUGUGUGUGCGCUAUGAUAAAUCAUGCCACCAGUGUAUUGGAGACAGACUUCAGGGAGGUAUUGGUGUGUAAGUUGCGGGCUGGUUACCCGGUCAGCGCUCUUCAGGACCUGCAGCGUGGCGUUAGCAGUGCUGUCAGUAUGAUGCAAAGCAGCCUGCAACAUGGAAAGAUACAAACACUUGGAAUAGAGAGCCAGGAACAAGCCAAGAGUGCCUACCUGGUGACGUUGAACAAUGUCGAGGUGUGCAGUGCAAAUAUCAUCACUCUUAAGAAAAACCUUGAGAAUGAUUGUGCAAAGUUGUUCAGUCAGGGGAUGGGCUCUGAGCAUGCUCAGGCUAAGAUUGACAGCUGUCUCUCAGACCUGGUGAACACUUCCAGCAAAUUCAAGGAUCUCCUCCAGGAGGGUCUUCUGGAACUAAAUAACACAGCCAUCAAGCCUCAAGUAAAACCCUGGAUCAGCAAUUUCUUAUCCAUCUCACACAAUAUCGAAGAGGAGGAAUUCAGUGAGUAUGAAGCUAAUGACCCUUGGGUUCAACAGCUCAUUGUCCAGUUAGAGAGACUAAUGGCUGAGUUCAAGGUGGGUCUGUCUCCAGUAAUUUAUGAUACACUGAGCAGUCUGAUGACCAACCUCAUUGCCAUGGAGAUGGAGAAGACGGUCUUUAAAUGUACUUUCAGCAGGUUGGGUGGACUGCAGUUUGAUAAAGAAUUACGGUCUCUGGUUGCCUAUCUUUCAUCCGUCACCUCUUGGACCAUCAGGGAUAAGUUUGCUCGACUCACUCAGAUGGCGACAAUACUCAAUUUGGAGCGGGUAUCUGAGAUUCUUGAUUACUGGGGACCAAACUCUGGACCGCUGACAUGGCGUUUGACCCCUGCUGAAGUGCGGCAGGUCCUUGCUCUCCGGGUGGACUUCCGUAGUGAAGACAUCAAGAGACUCCGCCUCUGAAUACACUCAAGAGAGAGCUAAUGAAGAUUUGAAAGUGACACGUGUGCCAUCCUUUAGCUAUGGGACCUUGUCAUAGGUUGAAUGCCUAAGCACACAUAACCACGUUGCAUUUUGUUGCUGCAUUAUGUAUAAUAUCUUUUUUUUAUGAAAUAUUGAAAGAAGUUGUGAGAUGGCCAUUGGGCUUAUAAAUGUUUCCUGUGUUUCUAUGUAUUUUGUGUUGUCUACAUGGAAUACAGUCAUCCUCACUUUGCCACACUUCUGUUUUCCAACCAAAAUAUGUUCUUUUGGGGGAUUGUGUAUCGGUUACUGUAAUGUUCCCUCUGAACCAUGUGUUCACAAAAUCCUUCCAAUUUUACGUGAUUAUCAGGUUGCCAUGACAGAAUUGCCACAUUUGUACAGAACAGGACCUAUUGUUAUGCAUUUUCAUCCAUACAUAUAUUUAACAGGCCAGCCCAUCAAAAAAUCACUCAGUAUCCAGUUGAGUG